UCUGAUUCAAACUCUGUAUAAAUGAAAUGACAGUAAGGAGAGCAGAACAAACUCCUAACAGGAGGAGACUCACUCAUGGCCUAUGAGACAGAGGAUCAUGAGACUCAAUACUGCUUUCCUGCCAUCAACUCAUCAUGUAUCAAGGGAAUGCGCCCUAGAUAUGAAUACAAUAUCAUGUAUGUGUUUGUAUCAUUGUUGUCAGCAUGGACUGUGUUUCUGAACCUGCUGGUGAUCAUCUCCAUCUCUCACUUCAAGAAGCUUCACACUCCAACAAACCUGAUCAUUCUCUCUCUGGCUGUGGCCGACCUGCUUAUGGGACUUGUCAUGCCAUUAGAUGCCACCAGGCUGAUAGAGACAUGUUGGUACUUUGGAGACACUUUCUGUGGACUAUUUAUUAUGAUCCUUGGAUUGCUCUUCUCAGCAUCUCUCAGUAAUUUAGUUUUAAUUGCUGUUGAUCGUUAUGUGGCUGUGUGUCACCCUUUACUGUACCCACAGAAAAUAACCACAACUAAAACUUUAGCGAGCAUCUGUCUGAGCUGGGUUUGUUUCUCAAUUUAUAAUACUAGCUUUGUAAUUAAUAAUAGAUAUUCAGACACUUCACUCAGAACAGACAUGUGUUAUGGAGAGUGUUUUUUUAUGACGGGUUUUGCCUGGACAGUUUCUGAUAUCAUUUUGUCUUUUAUUUUUCCUUGUACCCUGAUCAUAACUUUAUAUUUGAGGAUUUUCUAUGUUGUACAUAAGCAAGUGAAAGUUAUAAACUCUCUAAAGGGUGGUAAAUGUGUAAUGGAAGGUUCAGUGAGGAGGAAAUCUGAGAGUAAAGCUGCUCUGACAUUAGGAAUCAUUGUAACAGUUUAUCUGCUUUGUUUUAUUCCAUACUAUAUAUGUUCUAUAUCAGUAACCUCUUCCACAACCAUAAAUAUUUUGACAUGGGUUUUGUAUGCAAACUCAGGUCUGAAUCCUCUGGUCUAUGCUUUAUUUUAUCCCUGGUUUAAAAAAACAGUUAAACACAUCCUAACCCUGAAAAUAUUUCAGCCAGCAUCCUCUCUGAUCAGUAUUUUUACAGAACAUCAAUUGUAAUUAAACUCAAACUGGUAAAGCUGUCACUCGUAAAGGUAGAUGUGAUUAUCAUUGUAUGAAUUAUCUUUGUAAUUUUAAGAGACAAAAUGUUCAUGAAUUGGGUUGCAUUAGAUUGUUGUAUGUAUGUAGUUUAUGCUUUAUCACUUUCAUCAGUAAUGCUCACGGGGGGCUGAAAACUGAUUUAAAUGUUUGUUGUUUUACAUCACUGUCUGUCGCUUGUUUAUAAUGACCAUCUGAAUAUGUCACCAUUUAUUUUGACCGUCUGAGGAGCUACUGCAUCAAUGCGGUGUGUAUGUUUUUCACACCUUUAAUGAAUGGUUAAGAGGAGGAACAUCUCCAAUGCAAUAAUACAUGCAGGAAAUAAGAAUUAUAAUUGGGCCUCUGAGUUUUCACAUCAUUUGAUAUUUCAUCAGUAAGAGUAAACAAACUGAACAAAGACAUGUCACUUGUAUAUGACAGAUCAACCCAUGUGACUACCUUGAGAAAGGCCCACCCAAAAUGUCAUUGGCAAAGUCCAUUGUAUUUACAUCAAAUGAUAAUUAUUUUCUUAUUUAAUAUUAAUAUACUGAAAAAAGAAAGAAGUGACCAGGCUCUAAUAAGUUUUUAACUGACAACAUAUCCAUUGGCAAGUGUGAUAAUAACACACAGGAGUACAUUUUAUUUGUUAGGAUCUGUUAAAUCUUGAAGAUUAAUCUUGAAGAUAAAAUCUAAUGAAGAUUUUACCAGAAAAAAAGUCACUCAUGUCAUAACCUGGCUUGAUUACUGUUGUGCAAUUAAAGGAAUAUCUGUCACAAAAACAAACAAACAAUAAUUCUGUCAUUAUUUUUUCACCUUCAUAUUCUUCCAGUAGAACUCAAAAGGACAAAUCCUAAAAACUGUUCUAUGCAAUCACAAUAAAUGCAGAAUAA